ACGGUCGCGUCUCUAAGGCAACAUCCUCCACUGCAGCGUGCGACCCUCUGCUGUCGUCUCUGAAGGAGGAGGAGGAAGAGGGGGAUCAUCAUCGUCAGUCUCGUUUGGUUCUCUGCACGUGCGGGGUCCGGUGGUCCUGGUCCCCUCUGAAUGGACCCCGCCGUGCUCAUCUUCCUGCUCUACGUGAUGAUCGCGCACGAGCUGGUGUGCGGCUUGAUGGACCGCCGGAAACGGAGCGCCAAGCCCCGCAGACGCACCGCCGCCGGACCCCCGCCGCUGCUGCGCUACAGCGCCCAUCAGGGAGCGUGGAGGGCAAACAACAAAUCCAUGAGCAGCAGCAGCAGGUGGGCGAGGGACCUGAGGAAGAGCAGCCGUUUUGUGAGGAAAGCAUAACAAGAAAGAAUCUUUAAGAUUUCGUUAAAGUAGACAAACUGACUCGUAGAGACUUCAUCCUAACAACCCGAUGUGUGAAGUGAAAACAAAAGCUGAAAACCACUCCUUGAGUUGCAGAAGUGCCAUGACGUCAUCGACUCGCCUAUAUACCUCCAACCGGUUCAGACUCGUCACACCGGGACCUGUCAGCUGGACUGCAUCUUCCUGCCUCACCGUGAACUUUCGUCGACAGCAGACUGACAUUUCGGAGUUUCUGAAGUCUCUGACCCGCUCUGAUUGCACUAGGACAAAAUGGCGUCCUUGUCCGUCAGCUCGCGCCUCAACAAGGCCGUGCGCCAGCAGUACAUGAGCCUGCCUCAGGGGCAGAAGUGCCAGGUCACCUACAUCUGGAUCGACGGCACCGGAGAGGGGCUCCGCAACAAGACCAGGACUCUGGACAUGGAGCCUCGCAGCAUAGACGAUAUCCCCGAGUGGAACUUCGAUGGGUCCAGCACCUCCCAGGCUGAAGGCUCCAACAGCGACAUGUACCUGGUUCCAGUUCACAUGUUCAGAGACCCGUUCACCCUUGACCCGAACAAACUCGUCCUCUGUGAGGUUCUCAAAUACAACCGCCUACCUGCUGAAACGAACCAUCGGAACAGCUGCAAAGACGUGAUGGAGAAGAUUAAAGAGCACAGCUUGUGGUUUGGGAUGGAGCAGGAGUACACGCUUCUAGGAAUAGAUGGAUGUCCUUUCAGUUGGCCCACCAACGGAUUCCCAGCUCCGCAGGGUCCUUAUUACUGCGGGGUGGGAGCAGACCACGCGUAUGGACGUGAUGUGGUGGAGUGCCAUUACAAGGCCUGCCUCUACGCUGGAGUUAAAAUCUACGGCACCAACGCAGAAGUCAUGCCCUCUCAGUGGGAGUUCCAGGUGGGUCCCUGCGAAGGCAUCGAGAUGGGUGACCAUCUGUGGGUGGCACGCUUCCUGUUGCAUCGUGUGUGUGAGGAUUUCGGCAUAGUUGCAACCCUGGACCCCAAACCGAUAAAAGGCAACUGGAACGGUGCCGGCUGCCACACAAAUAUCAGCACGAAGCAGAUGAGGGAGGAAGGAGGACUCCAGCACAUCGAGAAAGCCAUCGAGAGACUGAGCAAGAAACACAAAGAGCACAUCCGCAUGUACGACCCACGCGGCGGCGAGGACAACGUGAGGCGCCUGACGGGCCUCCACGAAACCUCCAGCAUCGACGACUUCUCCGCCGGCGUGGCCAACAGAGGCGCCAGCAUCCGCAUCCCCCGGGAGGUGGGCAAGGAUGGGAGGGGCUACUUCGAGGACCGCCGACCAGCGGCCAACUGCGACCCGUACGCCGUGACGAAGGCCAUCGCGCAGACGUGUCUGCUUGACCCGGAAGAAGUCAGUUUGAAGAAUUAACAGUUUACUUGGAGGCUCAAAUGGUUCCGUUUUAUUUUUUCAAAACCUCAAAAUGAAUUCUGUUGUCGUUUUAAGUCUUUUAUUCUUGGAUGAACGAGUCUUUUUCAAGUCUGGUUCAGGACUUCAUUUUUGUUUGUAAAACGUAGCAGCGUGAGCAGAUUUUUGUCUGCGAGCUUAACGAAGGUAAAAAAUAAAAAGAUUCACACAGACCAGGAGGCGCUGCUGUGAACAGAAGGACAGCAGUUUAGAGUGAUGCAACUUUGCAAAACCAGGAAGUAAAUAUUUCUUUGUUUGUUGGUUUGUUUGUUUUUGUGUUCCAAAAUAAUUUUUAAAUUAUUACAUCUUUUUUGAAAGAAAAUAA